CCGAUACUGAAAGUCCGAAAUGCUCUCACCAGCACAAUCCUCUCUUGUCAGUCAUGUCUUGGUAGCGUCUUUGCCUUGCGCACUGUCCCAGCGCCCGCCGUCAAUUGGGUUUUCCUCACACCAUCCCGACCUUAGGUUCGUCACACCUAGUGUGCUGCUGCAGCCACAGCACGCGACAAACCACAUAUCGGCAUCCAGAACCUCCUUCACGCCGACCAUGGUGCAUCAGCGACGCGCAGAAUUUGAAGAUUUCGAUGAGCCACAGCGAACGGCUCUGUUGUACGAGGCGGGUGUUGCUGUUCGGCCGCCCAAAGAUGUGAUACCACGAAAUGUAUCUGUUGUUACUGUGGAAGACCCCUGAGCACGUGCUUAGUACCUUCAAGCGGUGGUCGAGCAUGUUUAAAUGUUGAAGUUGCGUUUCGAAAUUGC